ACAUCAUUUACAAAAUUUUAGUUCCCUAUUAUGGUGUAGGUACUAAUACAAACAAUAAAUUGCUAUUCGAAAAAACAAUUUCGUAUACCUAUUAUUAUUUACUAAAUACCUACAACUAAACUAAACUAAAAAUAAACAUAUGAUUACAUAAUAUACUGAGUGCCUAUAAAAUAAUAUUAUAUAUGAAAAUUGAAAUUAUGAAAAUAAUUCUACAGAUUCAAUGAAUAAUGAUACAUAUUAUGAUACUGAAGUGACUACUUUGCAAGCAAAUGAAAAUAUUGAUAUUACAAAAAUCCAUCUUUCAGAAAAGAAACGUAAACUGUUAAGAUAUGCUGGAGACUUUUCUGAGGAAGAUGUAGAGACACCUAGAAAACGGAAAAUGUUUUGGAGAACUUAUCAACAAAUGAUUAAAACCAAAAAUGAUAAAAUAAAAUUAUUACAGCAAAAAAACCGUAGUCUCAAAUUACAAAUAAAUAACCUUUAUAGUUUAAUUGAUGAUUUACAGUCCCAAAGCAAGUUAAAUGCUAAUGGUUCAUAUAUGUUGAAGAAUAUUACAUCUGAUGAAGAAAAGCACUUGCUUAUGCGCCAACUAAAAUUAGGCAGUGGUAAAAAUAUUACUCCAGAGUUAAGAAAGUUUGCCAUUAUAUUACAUUAUUACUCUCCAUCUGCGUAUUUAUACAUAAGAAAAUUAUUUUCAAAAGCUCUGCCAGAUAUUAGUACUAUCAGGAAGUGGUACACAACAAUUAAUGGCUUACCAGGAUUAACGAGGGAAUCUUUUCAAGCUAUUUCCAUUAAAGUAAAUUAAAUGAAAAUCAUUGGUAAACAAUUAUAUGGAUGUUUGAUCAUAGAUAAAAUGAGCAUAAAGCAACAUGUUCAAUGGACGGGUUCUAGGCAUCAAGGCUAUGUUGAUUAUGGUCAAGGAGGUGGUACCGAUUCAAUGGAUAAUUUGCCAUAUGCUAAAGAUGCUUUUGUCAUUAUGGUAGUUGGUUUAAAUACCCAUUGGAAAGUACCGAUUGCAUAUUACUUAGUCAAUGGAAUAUCUUCAGAAGAAAAAUCCAACAUUAUAAAAUCUUGUCUUCAUCAACUACAUGAAACUGGUAUUAUAAUAAAAACAAUAACUUUUGAUGGGGCGGCUAAUAAUAUGUCGAUGGCGUCUUUGCUUGGAGCUAAUUUAAAUUACGCUGAUUUAAAGUCAAAUUUUAAACAUCCAUUAACAGAAGAUAAUGUACAUAUAGUUCUUGACCCAUGCCAUAUGGUGAAAUUAAUAAGGAAUUGCUUAGGUGAUUGGGGAUUAUUGUUUGACAAAAAUAAUAAACCAAUUGAAUGGAAAUAUUUUAAACAUUUGGUCAAUAUGCAAAAUGUGACUGGUCUACAUGCUGCUACAAAAAUUAGAACAAGACCUAUACAUUAUCAUCGAUAAAAAAUGAAGGUUCGUUUAGCAACACAGGUUUUCAGUAACAGUGUUGCUGAUGCCUUGGAAUAUUGUUGUAAAGACCUGAAGAACGAACUUUUUGAAAAUGCUGAAGCUACCAUUGAAUUUUGUCGAAGUUUUUGAGUAAGAGUCCUUUCAACAAACC